CGGGAAUUGCGUACUCCCAGUUCGCCAUUAGGCACUGAAAAUUGUCUGUGAAUCGUUGAAUAUAAUUUUACAAGUGGAAAGAGCAUUAGUACACCGUAAAAUAAUCAAAAAUUGAAAAUUCAAUGUUUAAAUAAUUCACUCGUGACAAACAUACGUUGGAUCAACUCAAGAGAGGUCAUUUCAAGUUCUUAUAAACGUCAAUAGAACGCCAGUGGCAGAUAAACAUGGCCGAGCAAACAGGAACUGUUGAGAAUGUCGAAGAGGAAAAGUCAGUUACGAUGCUGGACGUUUUGCAGGAGGAGAAUCAGCUGGAGGAAGAUGCUAACGCUGUUCUAGGGGCUUCUGAUGAUAAAAAUUGCACUUACAGUCAGGGAUACAUUCGACAAGCUCUGUAUGCUUGUAACACCUGCUGUCCUGGAAGUAAGGAGCCAGCAGGUGUCUGCUUGGCUUGUAGCUUUCAUUGCCAUGAAGGCCACGAGCUGAUCGAGCUGUACACAAAGAGGCACUUCAGGUGUGACUGUGGAAAUUCCAAGUUCAAUGGGAAAAAAUGCAGCUUGGAUCCAGCAAAAGCAAGUACCAAUAAUGAGAAUCAGUACAAUCAGAACUUCACCGGGGUGUACUGCACGUGUGCUAGACCAUAUCCAGAUCCUGAGGACACCACCAACGAUGAAAUGCUUCAGUGUGUUAUUUGCGAGGAUUGGUACCACUCGAAACACCUGAAUUGUAAGGAUGAGAUUCCUGAGGAGAACGCCUAUGAAGAGGUCGUCUGCUCUGGGUGCAUGGGCCAGCAUCACUUCUUAUGGGGUUAUGCCUCACAGUAUUCUGUUAAUAAGAGUAUUAAGAAAGAGGAGGAAAAGGGAGAUGAGUCGGUUGAUGUUACUCAGCAAUUUUCUGGCUGUAAAUUGCCUGCCAAGGAGGGGGACAGGACCGAGGGAUCGUGCUUCUGGGCUGAGGGCUGGAGGGCUGCUUUGUGUACCUGUGAUAAUUGCAAGAAGAUGUAUGAGAAGGAAAAUAUUUCUUUCCUCAUCGAUCCCACUGACAGCGUUCAGGCUUAUGAAGAAGCUGGAAAACUCGUACGAUCUGAAUCCGCAUAUGAGAGAGGAAUGAAGGCUCUUGCUUCUCUCGAUCAUGUCCAACAAGUUAAUGCCAUUGAAGAAUACAACAACAUGAAGGACCACUUAAAGCAGUACCUCAAGAAAUUCGUGGAGAACAAGAAAGUUGUACGUGAGGAGGACAUAAAAGAAUUUUUUUCAGAAAUGUCAUCCAACAAACGCCCAAAAGUCACUGUCCCCACAUUCUGUCGUUAGUUAACCCAAGGUACAACUAUAUUUUUUUAUAAAUCCAUAGAACAUUCUCGCCGGGCCCCUUGAAUUAUAAAAUUCACAGGUUUAGCAUGCCUACAAAAGGUAAAGCUGUGAAAAUUUGAAAUUUGCGAAUCAUGUGUAAUCACCAUGCAUUUUGAAAUAUUAUAUUGAUAAAAUAAAUAAGCUAAGUCAUUUUAUAGUAA